AUGUCUGCUCGCCUUGCUGUUUUGUUACGACCGGCCGACCAACGGCGCGGAUGGGGGUGCGUGCGUUCGUACUGCGCGAAAAAAUUACACAUCACAACCAACCAGGUGGUGUGCGGAGUAUGCCACUCGUACAGUGCCCACUUGUACGAAUACCUUACGGACGGCGGCAUGCUGGACGGGCUGACCAUGAAAAACGAGUUCUGCGAGUCGUUGGUCGACGCGUGCGCGGCUUAUAUCGAUUUCCCGACCUAUGAUGGAGUGAGCUACUGCGACCACCACACCGGCGGCGGGGCCGACUUCUUCUGGUCUUACCCGUACGAGGAACCGGAGAUUUUCGAGCCCGGACUUAACGAGCUUUUCCCGGACCUCGGCGACGGAGAACAACCGAGCGACACGGUCAGCAUGAGACAGGUGGAUUCCGACAACAUGGACGACUCAUCCCUGGUUAUCGACGUCUCCGGAUCGGUUACUGACGGUACCUUCUACGUUGACUACGAGGAGGGUCUGCUCGACGUAGCCUUCGGCCCUAUGUUCAGCGAGAGCGACUACCCGAACUACUUCUACGUCAGCUACACGGUCGACCUGAACGAUGGGGAGGUGCAACGCAACCGUCUCGCGAGGUUCACGUACAUCCCGGGAGACCCGGCCGGCACCAAGGCUUCGGAAGAGGUCUUGCUCACCUCCGCCCCCAAGUCCACCAGCAUCCACUCGGCCGGAUGGCUUGGCUUCAAGCCGUCCGUGUACGGUAACGCCUCCCCCCAGGACCUCUACUGGACUACCGGCGACGGCGGGCCGCAAACUGACUACAAUAACCAUGCCCAGGACACGCAGUCAAUGCUUGGUGCCAUGAUGCGUAUUACCGUGCCUUCCGACGGGAGCGGUUACACCAUCCCCUCCGGCAACUACGGAGGUGGUGCUUUGGACGAGAUCUGCGCGAUCGGCUUCCGCAACCCAUGGCGGUGCAGCUUCGACCGCGAGACCGACGACCUCUACUGCGGUGACGUCGGACAUACCUUUGUGGAGGAAAUCGACCUUGUCGAGUGCGGUAACAACUACGGGUGGUCCAGGUUCGAGGGCUCCCGCUGCCAGGAGGCCGUAGAGAACAACGAGUACAACCCUCCCUGCGACGGGGUCGACCGCUCUGGCUUCACGUUCCCGCUCUACGAGUACUGCCACCCCGACUAUUCGUCCGUAGGUGACGACGAGUUCACCGCUGGGGUCGACAUUUGCGGCGACCGCGUGCUUCUUGGUAACGCCGUUAUCGGCGGUUACGUUUACCGCGGCAACUUUUUCUCGGACCUCCUGUACGGCCAUUACAUCUUCGGAGACAGCACCAUGAAAAACAUCUUCUACCUCGUGAAGGAAGGCGACGGCUGGAGUCUUGGCACCAUCAUCAGUGACGCUAGCGUGCAGAUCAUCAGCUUCGCCGAGGACGUCAACGUAAGAAGCAGAUAAAGACGUGCUGUCCUCUGCAUGACCACCUGGUGUCUACCAACUUGUCUGUAUUGGCCGGACUUGCUUGGUGCAUCCAGAGCAAGUGCUAAUGCGCUUGUUUUGGUUGGAAUUUCGAGUACAGAGCUUUUGUCGGUUGACAAAACGGCUGCCCCAAUUAGACGGUUGGGGUGAGUUCGGGAAAGGAAACCAACGGGGGACUCUGCGACGCCCAUUUUUUCUUGUGGUCCCCUCAGUUCUCAUGGAC